AUGACAAUCCAUUUUAAAUUUGUUACAUCUUCUCUUUUAAAAUAUCAUUCAAUAUUCAAUAUUAUUAUUCAUCGUCGUUUAUCAUCAAAGCAACCAACUCUUUAUGAAACACUUAAAGUUAUUGAAAGUUCGACUGGUGUUUUUAUUCAACCUGCUGACUCAUUAUUCGUAUUUCCUACUCGAACAAGUGUAUUUGGUGGUCAACUAAUUGGUUCAGCAGUAUAUGCAGCACAAAAAACACUUACAAAAGAUUUUCCAUUACAUAGUCUUCAUUCAUAUUUUUUAACAGCAGCUGAUAAUUCAUCAGAUAUUAUAUAUACAGUUACUCGGUUGCGUGAUGGUCAAUCAUUUGAAACACGAAGUGUAACAGCUCGACAAGAUAAUCGUAUUGUAUUUGAAUGUUCAAUGAAUUUUCAUCGUAAAGAAAAAGGUAAUAUGGAACAUCAAUUACCUAUGCCUCAUGCUGAUCUUACGCCACCUGAAAAACUUCUUUCAAUGCAUGAUCAUUUCCAAAAUCUUCUUGAUGAUAAACGUCUUAAACCAGAACUUAAACCAUUAGUUGAACGUGCACUUGAAAUACCAGCACGUAUUGAUAUACGAUAUUGUCAUCAACGUGAUUUACUUCAACCGGAACCUGUAUGGCCACCACGAGAAUUUGUUUGGAUAAAAUCAUUAGAUCCUUUACCUGAUUAUUCGCAUAUACAUCGAUCGGCUGUUGCUUAUUGUAGUGAUCGAGUUUUAUUAAAUAGUGCUUUUCUUCCUUAUGCUGCUAAUCCUUAUCAUCAUCGAAUUAGAAUGCAAGCAUCACUUGAUCAUUCAAUGUGGUUUCAUGAUGAUUUUCUUUUUGAUACAACAAAUGAAAAUAAUUUAAUUGAAGAAAAUGUUUUAUCAAAACCAGUUCGACGUAGUUCAGAUAUACCAUCUAUUCCAUCUAAAGUACUUGUACGUGCUGAUGAUUGGUUAUUGUAUGAAUUAGAAUGUCCUAUUCAUAUGAAUAAUCGUGCUUGGACUUUUGGUCGAAUAUGGACUAGAAAUGGACGACUUAUUGUAACAUGUGCUCAAGAAGGUGUUAUUCGAUGUCAUUAA